CCUCAGGAGAUCCUUUUGCCUCUUCACCCACCAUGUCUCGGCAGUCCACCAUCACUUUCCAGACCGGCAACCGUAGGGGCUUCAGCACUGCUUCCGCCACCACCCCAGCUGUGGGUCGCUCCCGCUUCAGCUCUGUCUCCGUGGCCCGCUCCACAGGGGGCAGUGGGGGGCUGGGUAGGAUCAGCGGCGCGGGGGCUGGCUUUGGAAGCCGCAGCCUCUACAACCUGGGAGGGACCAAGCGUGUCUCCAUCGGUGGGUGCAGCAGUGGCUUCCGAAGUGGCUUUGGCGGCAGAGGCAGCAGCGGGUUUGGGUUUGGGGUCAGCAGUGGAUUUGGCUAUGGAGGUGGAGUUGGAGGGGGUGUGGGGAGCACUGGCUUCCCUGUCUGCCCUCCUGGAGGCAUCCAAGAAGUCACUGUCAACCAGAGUCUCCUGACUCCCCUCAACCUGCAAAUUGACCCCACCAUCCAGAGGGUGCGGAAAGAGGAGCGAGAACAGAUCAAGACCCUCAACAACAAGUUUGCCUCCUUCAUCGACAAGGUGCGGUUCCUGGAGCAGCAGAACAAGGUCCUGGAGACCAAGUGGAACCUCCUGCAAGAGCAGGGCUCCAGAACUGUGAGACAGAACCUCGAGCCUCUCUUUGAUUCCUACAUCAGUGACCUCCGACGGCAGCUGGAUGGCAUCACCACCGAGAGGGGCAGGCUCGAGGCUGAGCUGAGGAACAUGCAGGAUGUCGUAGAAGAUUUCAAAGUCAAGUAUGAAGAUGAAAUUAACAAGCGCACAGCUGCUGAGAAUGAGUUUGUGGCCCUGAAAAAGGAUGUGGACAAUGCCUACAUGGGCAAGAUGAACUUGGAAGCCAAUGUCAACUCUCUGAUUGAUGAGAUCAACUUCCUCCGGAUGUUGUUUGAGGCAGAGCUGUCUCAGAUGCAGACCCAGGUCAGCGACACAUCUGUGGUCCUCUCCAUGGACAACAAUCGUAGCCUGGACCUGGACAGCAUCAUUGCUGAGGUCAAAGCACAGUAUGAGGACAUUGCCAACCGUAGUAGGGCUGAGGCUGAGUCCUGGUACCAGACCAAGUACGAGGAACUUCAGGUCACAGCGGGCAGACAUGGGGAUGACCUCCGCAACACCAAGCAAGAGAUCUCUGAGAUGAACCGGAUGAUCCAGAGGCUGAGAUCUGAGAUUGACAGCGUCAAGAAGCAGUGCUCCAGCCUGCAAACAGCCAUUGCUGAUGCAGAGCAGCGUGGAGAACUGGCCCUCAAGGAUGCCCGGGCCAAGCUGGUAGAUCUUGAGGAGGCCCUGCAGAAGGCCAAGCAGGACAUGGCCCGGCUGCUGCGUGAGUACCAGGAGCUGAUGAAUGUCAAGCUGGCCCUAGACGUGGAGAUCGCCACCUACCGCAAGCUGCUGGAGGGCGAGGAGUGCAGGCUGAGUGGAGAGGGAGUUUCUCCAGUUAACAUCUCUGUGGUCACCUCCACCGUUUCCAGUGGCUACGGUGGCGGCAGCAGCAUUGGAGGUGGAAGCCUGGGUCUCGGUGCAAGCAGCGGCUACUCCUUCACCACCAGCGGUGGGCACAGCUUGGGUGCUGGCCUGGGGGGCUCUGGCUUCAGUGCCAGUAGCAGCCGGGGCCUAGGGGGCAGUGGCUCUAGCAUCAAGUUUGUCUCCACCACGUCCUCCAACCGGAAGAGCUACAAGCACUAAGGGCAGCCACCCACAUCCCUCAUCCCUACACUAGAGCCCAUUUAUACCCACACCUGGGACCCAAGUGGGACUCAGGCUUCCCCCUGGGUCUUUCUCCUUCUUCUCCCUUCCAUAAGGCCCACCUGUGCAGCCAGGAAACCUAGAGUCCUGGCUGAACCCCGUUCCCUGACAUAAGCCAGCCUCUGCCCUGCUGCCAGUCCCCAGACUGCUCCUGGCACUUCUCCGUGUAAGACAUGCGAAACCACAGCCCGCUCCUUUCAAGGUUGAAUUCAGCCUCUCUUGUGGAGGCCCACGAAGUCUGGAAACUCCUCUUUCAGCUGCACUUUCCUCCCUCCUCCAGACGUGGAGAUGGGGGGGUCUGUGUCUCCAGAACCAUCUCAGUGCCAGGUUGUCACCCUGCCUGUCUCACGGUGCUUAUAAGCUGCCUGCUGGGAGUGAGUGCUCCCUCUGUUCCCUGGCUGGAAUGUGCCCAUUAAAUGCAUAUGUAAUGUGUUUGGCGGCUGCCCUCUGUUUGCAAUGCAAUGGAGCCCAGAGCGAUUUGCCUCCUCCCCUUGGUGUAGGCUUCACACAAGGACUGCUUGGAACGCAUCAGCCCUGCCCCUUCCCUCCUAGCUAAGAAGUCUGGGUAGGAAGACGGGAAGGAGGGGUCUGCAGAGGUGCUGAGAGAACAUGGGCCAGCCAGGCCUCCUCCCACCUCCUCCUAUCUCUCUCUUCCCUGUUUGGGAAGCCUCCACCUCAUGCAAAUCCCACCCUGCUCCCCAUUCUGUAGGGCGGGGACAGCCACGCUGUCCCCUUCCCAUACCAGACUGUUUCUGGGAUGGAACACCGAUGUAGGGUAGGUCCCCAGGCCUCUUCCAGCAAAGGGGCUGAUUGUUCCAUGGCAGCUUCAAACUUGCAGGCCUGCCAGUGAAAUAACAGGCCUUGGAGUGGAGUUAAAAGUCAGCCCUGGGGGCAAUGCUUUCACCAAGCAGAGGAGCCAUUCAGCCAUAAUUGUAGUCAAUGGUGAGACGUCCAGGAAGCUCCCACAUUCCUGAGUUUACGAGUCUCCUGGACUCCUCCCAUCAGGCCUGACCUGAGGAAUAGCCCAUGGGGCCCUCCUAGAGCGGUAGCCCAUGUGGGCUUGGAUGGAGUGGGUUGGAGGCUCCAGAGCAAGCUUGGAACUGUGAUCCGGGAUUCUGGAAACACUCAUCCAGGGAGUCAAACAGCAGGGAAAGGAAGAAGAUGGUUGGGAGUGAGCAAUGAUGGCGAAGAGAAAAAAGA